AUGGAACAACAACAACUAAUUAUCAAUAUAUCUGUUCUUUUUGCUGGUAUUGUAAUUGGGGCUAUUAGUACUAUUUUAUUCAGACUUCUUCGCACAUGGUUGUCAAAAACUAAUAAUAACUCUAAAAAUACUGAAAGAACUACUUCUCAAAAUAAAAUAUCAGAUUUAUCUCAAAUGGAAAGUUUGGUUAGCAAAGUGGUGGAUAAAGCUAAUAUGUCUAAUGACAAAACGAAAAUACACGAGUCUGUAUCCUGUAUAUUUGAUUCAGUAGAACACGCACUAAAGCGAGUCAAUAAUGAGAUGCAAAGAACAAACACAGUUAGUUCCUCUGUAAAGGAACUUCUUCUUAUUGUGUCAACGCAAUCACAACAAAUUAAAAACCUCAUUGGUCAAAACCAACGUGCACAAAAUCUGGUGAAAGAAAUUUCAAAAAAAACUAAACAAAUCCAUAAUGAUGAUAUGUGUUCCUCACAAACUUGUGAAAGUUCUAGCAUUGAGAGUUACCAACGAAGUAGUAUUCAGGAUACAACAGGUAAUCAAAAUGGUAAUGCUGUUCAAGGCAAAUCUAAAAAUGAAAACUUAAAACCUGAGCCAAUGUAUAAAUUAUACAUUUCCAUUGAAGAAGCAAUGAAUGGAUGUCAAAAAUUGGUACCACUAUAUGACUCUGAAGGUAAUGAAGAAAUUAUUAUUGUUGACUUAUAUCCAGGAAUUAAAGACAGAGAAGUAUUUGCAUGGGAUAAAAAAACAAUUGAAGUACGUUAUAUUAAACAUCCUUAUUUAUCAAGAAGAGGUAAUGAUUUAGUCAUUGAUAAAAAAGCAGUUUCAAAAGGAGUUCAACAUCCAAGAAGUAAUAAAACAUUUAAAGAAAAAGAUGAAGAAAAAUUAAAAAGUCUUGGUGGUUUUCAAGAAGGAGUAGUUAUAAUUGAAUAA